AAAUAAAAGUUGCUGCCGCAGUCCCACGCACUCCAAAGAGAGAGAGAAAGAGAGAGAGAGAGAGACCUGCUGAAGUCUCGCGACGUGUUUUUCAUCCCACACCGAAACUCAUGAGCGUGGGCGCAAAAAAACACGAACACGCCACGCAGUCAGAGCAGAGCGCACCGCACCGCACCGUGGCCCGGGGAGAGGAGCCGAGCUGGAGCUGCUGAAGAACUUUGAUACCGCAAUUGUGGAAUUAUUCUCUUUGAAGAAAAGAACCGAAACGAAUACAAACACUUGUACACGCGCAGGCGCGCGCAAGAAGGACAGAGAUAGUUUUCAUACGGAUUUUGAAGAAUAAACUAAAUGGAUUCUCACUGCAGAAAACUUGUCUCAACGUGUGUGCAGCUGGAAAAAGAGAAAGUCCAGAGUAAAAGCGAGGACUCUAGCGAUGAUCCGUCGAAGAAAAAGCGGCAGCGGCGGCAGAGGACGCACUUUACGAGCCAGCAGCUGCAGGAGCUCGAGGCCACAUUCCAGCGGAACCGUUACCCGGACAUGAGCACGCGCGAGGAGAUCGCCGUCUGGACCAAUCUCACUGAGGCGCGAGUCCGGGUUUGGUUCAAGAACCGUCGCGCCAAAUGGAGGAAGCGGGAGCGUAACCAGCAGGCCGAGCUCUGUAAGAACGGCUUCGGCGCGCAGUUUAACGGUUUGGUGCAGCCCUACGACGACGUGUACCCGAGCUACACGUACAACAAUUGGGCGGCGGCGGCUAAAGGGCUUGCGCCGGCCUCGCUCUCGGCCAAGAGCUUCCCUUUCUUCAACUCGAUGAACUCCAUCAGCCCACUGUCGUCCCAGGCGAUGUUCUCUGCCGCACCGCCGCCGCCGCCGCCGCCUCCGCCCGCGCCAAGCUCCAUCUCCUCCAUGAGCAUGAGCAUGAGCUCUGGCAUGGCCGUGCCCGCGUCCGGUCUCAACGGUCUCAACAACCUCAACAACCUCGGUAACGCGUCUCUCAACUCGCCCGCCGCCGCGUGUCCGUACGCCCCACCGACUCCGCCCUACGUCUACCGGGACACGUGUAACUCCAGCCUGGCGAGUCUUAGACUCAAAGCCAAGCAGCACUCGAGCUUCGGCUAUGCGGGAGUCCAGAACGCCGCCACGAACCUCAGCGCCUGCCAGUACGCCGUGGACAGACCCGUGUAGACGCGUAGGGACAGGACGGAAAUGCGCAAUUUAAUUACAUAUAAAAAAGAACUAAGAACAAAACCCUGGAUAAAACAAACAAACAAAAAAACAGGACACUGAUUUUAUUUUUCCCGUCACAGAUAAAUAAAUAAAUAAUACGUAAAUAAAUAAAAGCGCGCGGAGAGUUAAAGACUGAAUAUCUCGGGAAUCCCUGGACUUCUCCUUGUUUUUUUUCCUAAAUAAAAACAUGGCACUAUACAGAAGAACGAAUUAAAGUACCGAGGCUCGUCUCAUCGGAGUCUGUUCUCAGCAACAACUAAACAAAAAGAUGGACUUUAAGCCUAAACCGGGAGAUCUCUGAGCGGCGGGUCGGGAGCGUUUAGCCGAGAAAAUCAAAAACAAACAAAACCCGCAAUUAAGCUCGAUUUUUCUUUUAUUUUCUGGACUUUCAGUGACUGGACUUCAUGUGUAAAUAUGUGUCUGAAUAUCAUCAUCUCCAGGUUUGUAAAGGCUUUCGGGCCUUUGGUUUAAAAACAAAAAGUAAAAAACUCACUUUACCACCGCAUGUGAUGAAAAUGUCUUGCUUGCAGUUGAAGGGGAAUGUACAGUAAAAACCUGGCAUAUAAAUUUAUUAUUAAAUGUCUGUUGUGAAUAUAGAUUUAGAAUAGGAAACACAAACCCAAAAAUGUUUCUUCUGCGGGGAUAAAAAUGAAUGAAAUUGGUUUUUGCUCUGUGUAUAGUACUACAAUUUGGUACGGAUAUUUUUUCUCUCUCUCUCUU